AUAAAACUCAUACUAAAUGGGCAUAUUAUACCUAUAACCCUAAAAAAAAAAAUUAAUCGUGAUAUUUCUGAAAAAAAUCCAUUUAGUUGUGGGUCGUCCUUUCCUUUCUCCCCUCCAUCCUUCUCUAUUCACAUUCCAUGAGCUAAUGAAGCAGAAUGAUUAAUUGAAACCAGACAACAAAGCUUGUUUCUUUUCACCCUCAUUGCCCAUCAUUCCUCCUCCACCAACUCCUCUCCCCUCCCUUAUUCCUUAUCUUUUCCCCCUGCUUUGUUUCUUGCCCUCUUCUUGUUUGGUUGGUGCGCAAUGCGGUGGAAUGACUGGAAUAGUGUUUGUCUUCAAUGAAAAUGAGGGAAAGGGAAGGAAAGGGAAGUGAUUGAGAAGAAGAACAAAACCCCAGCAGAGUUGGUUCCUUCUUUCUCAACAAUCCUUUCCCCAAGUAGGGAAAUUUCUUCCUUUCCCCCUUUCUGCAUUUUUGGGCUAAAGAUGAGGAAGCAUGGUUGGCAACUUCCAUAUCACCCACUUCAGGUGGUGGCUGUUGCUGUGUUUCUGGCUAUGGGUUUCGCAUUCUACGUGUUUUUUGCUCCUUUUGUGGGGAGGAAUAUGUUUCAAUACAUUGCAAUGGGAAUCUACACCCCUCUGAUCAUGUGCGUCUUCGGCCUAUAUAUUUGGUGUGCAGCAUCUGAUCCUGCAGAUCCUGGAGUUUUCAGAUCCAAGAAGUACCUUAAAAUUCCAGAGAAUGAGAAACAUCCUCAGCAUAAAGACCUGAAACAAGGUACGGAAUCAGCCUCAUCAAUGCAGGAUGGGAAUUCAUCCACCAUUGGAGGGAAGUCAGUUGAGAAGGGUGUGGGGGAGGGUGCAAAUGCAGCUGCAGCUGUAACAGACUUGAAGAAUGAGACCAAGGCAAAGUCUUCUUGUUUGUUGUUGGCUCUCUCUCCUUUUGCUUUCAUAUGUGGUAGGUGCAAUCCAAGUGAUAAACACUCUGAGCAGUUGAGUGAAGAUGGCAUGUUCUAUUGCAGUUUGUGUGAAGUUGAGGUUUUCAAGUACAGCAAGCAUUGUAGAGUUUGCAAUAAAUGUGUUGACCGGUUUGACCAUCACUGCAGGUGGAUUAAUAAUUGUAUAGGCAAGAAGAACUACAGAAAGUUCUUCACGCUCAUGGUCUCUGCUCUCCUCUUGCUUAUAUUCCAAUGGGCAACUGGGAUUCUUGUACUUAUUUGCUGUUUCGUCGAGAAGAAACGAUUUGUCAUGGAUAUCUCAUCCAAGUUGGGUAGCAGUUUCUCUAUGGUGCCCUUUGUGAUGGUAGUGGCAUUGUGCACCAUUUUGGCCAUGCUUGCAACUCUGCCCCUGGCCCAACUGUUCUUCUUCCACAUCUUGCUCGUAAAAAAGGGAAUCAGCACUUAUGAUUACAUAAUAGCUCUAAGGGAGCAGGAACAAGAGCAGCAAGGAGUCGGAGGUCAGCAGAGUCCUCAAAUGUCGCAAGUCAGCUCACUUACUGGACUAAGUAGUGCCAGCUCGUUCUCGACAUUCCACCGUGGUGCCUGGUGUACACCACCUCGACUGUUUCUUGAAGACCAGUUUGAUGUUAUUCCACCGGACACUGGAUCCGUAAGUUCCUAUGGUAAAAAUGCGAUCAGAGAAGACCCAACGAAGAAAAAAAACCCAGCUGCCGUAAAGAUCAGUCCUUGGACAUUGGCUAAACUGAAUGCUGAUGAGGUCUCAAAAGCUGCUGCUGAUGCCAGAAAGAAGUCCAAAAUCCUACAACCUGUGAUGAGACAGGAACCAUCAUUCUCGCUAGCGAGAGAUAACAGCUUUGGAAGCAGUGGGGGCCGAAUGGUCUCUAGACUUGACAACAGAAGACGAGUUAGCAAAAGGGUAAGACUCCCAGCUGAUUUGCCAAUGGAGCAGCCUGUAACUGCUGUUGGGGUCUCAGCAGGGAAAGUUUUCACGGGAACUUCUUCCUCAAGUUUAGCCCCACUUCAGUUCGAGGCUAGGAGUGCUUUCCAGCCAAGUAGAGGUUCAACGUUGGCAAGCUCAGUUGGCGUUGUUGCUGCAUCAUCUCCUGAAAGCAGUAGCGUAGACUCGCCAGAUAUUAACCCAUUUCGGGUUUCUUCAUCAGGAGCUGAAGAUUCAAGGAGACUCACUGGUCUCCUUCCAAUUGUGGGUGGUUCUAACAGUGGAUUCCCUCUCUCGAGAUCUACUAGUGAUGGGUAUGAAGCUUCUGGUGGUGAAGAUAGUGAUAGGGUUCCUACCAGGAUUGUGCAGAGAUCGACUAACUGGAGCAAUCUUCUCUUCCAGGCGAAUCAGGAUGAAGGGAUUAUGAGACUGAAAGCAGCAGCACCAUCAUCGAGCCAAACUUAUAGUGGAAAGCUUUAAGCUUUCGUUUUUGUUUGCCGGUCUCCCUCAUGCAUUUAAACAAUUCUUUCAUUCUUGGGCCAAAGUGAUACCUGGGUAGUUGGCCAAUUCACUUAGCUUAUUGAUAUAUAUUUGUAGUUUGGCUUCUGGAUUCAGAAGGCGGGUGGUGGUUCAAGGUGGAAGAACAAAUGCCAAUUGAGCUCAUUUUGUACAACUUAUUGUGCUCUCUCUCUCUCUCUCUCAUCCAAUGCAGUUUGCAAGAACAGCUUUCCCUAACUGGAAACUGAGGAUAUGUGUAGUGCUCAUAAUGUUAGCUGCAUUCUUAUGAAUGGCCACCGCAGCAAAUCAACGUAAAUGACCCAUUAACUCCACUGAUAGUUCCAAUGUGAAAAUGACCUUGAUUUCCUUUGAUCUUAUAUAUAGUACAUGUACAUUACAGUAAAUACCCAGACACAAACCCCAGCAUAAUAAAAGCAAACUCAACAAACGAUUCCAUCAGUAAACUUCAGUCUAUAACGUACUAUUAUUCACAAGAUCCAUGGUUCUGAGUUACAAAAUGAAGAAACCGUCUUUGUUACACAAACACAAGGACAGGCACAGAAACAGAAACAGGGGGAAAUUGCUCGUUCUUUCUUAUCAAGUGUAGACAACAGAAACAAGAUGAGGCACCUUUUCAUCAUCGAAAGGCAAGCAGACAUACUCCCUCGCGAAUUCCUGCGCAAUCUCUGAAGCAAGCUCCCCGCGAACAGCCUUGCAGUACAUAUACAGAACCGUCUGCGCAGCGAAGAAGUAGAGCAAAAUCAGAGUCAAAAGAGCGGAAGUCACCACAAUCUGAGCCACAAAGAACCAGCUAUUCCAUCCUUGGCUGCCGCCAAGGGCGUCGCCGCCCAAUUUCGCGGCUGCAAUCGAGCUGGUCCAAGUCAAUAUCCCGGAGACGAGUCCAAACGAGAGGAAGAAGUAGAGAACCGCUCGCCGCAUCCCUUUCACCAAAUACCCGCUGCGCCUCAAUGCUGGAACUCCCCAGCUGGAUUCCGCCACGACGAUCACGGAGGAGAUAGACCAAUUUACUUUGAAAUAGAGGAGAACGGCGAGCAGGACGACGGAGUAGACGACGGCCAGUGCGAGGAAGUAGGGAGAAUCGGUGUCAAUUUCGAGACACACCAAGUCCAAACCCUUGAUUACGAAGUAGAAUGAGCAGAGGAAGAGAAGCGCCACCAGGGAAAGCAGGAGCUCGACGACGAUGUGGGUGAUGAAGAGACGGAAAAAGGAAGUCAACCCGGAUUUGAUGGCGGAGACGAACUUGACGGGUCGGCCAUAGAAUCCGUGGAGGACGCUGUAACUGAUGGAGCCGAUUGCGAGGAUAGUGAAGACGAAGAAGAAGAGGGCGAAGCAGGCCACGAGGGCAAGGGUUUCGAUUGGGAGUUGGAGGUCGUCGUCAUCGUGGUGGUGGUGGUGGUGGUGGCGGGGGAAAUUGAACUGAUCGGAGGAUUGGGAGUUCAAUUGGGCGAGGCUGGGGAGGAGCGGCGGCGGACGGGAGAGGAGGGAUUUGGGGCGGUGGCCGGAGUGAUGGUGGAGGAGGAGGUUGUGGAUGGUGGAGAAGACGGUGACGGAGAAGGAGAGAGGGAGGAGGAAUAGGACGGAGAGGGCCAGGAAGUGGCGGGAGUGGGCGUUGAUUAUGCGCUUCGAUUCGGAUAAGACGGCGGAGAAGUCGAGCGGCAGGGGCGGCGGCGGUUGGGUUGACAUGGCGGUGGAGUGUGGAGGUGGAUGGUGACGGAGGGAGUAAGGAUGAAUAGAUGGAGAAAUCCGAUAGAUUGGAUUUUCAAGUAUCAAUAAAUUAGAAUGGGAGUGGAGUGCAAAGAAUUUGCGGUAUGGAAGUUUUGUCUUUUUCUGCGGCGGCCAAUCCUGACGGUAGUCGUUUGGGAAAAGUUGGCGACAGAGCUAGGCUCCGAU